UGGGGAGCCCGUGAAAAGAAAAGAAAAAGACAAAAAGACAGAAAGAAAAGACAGAAAGGUACCAGACCAAAUGAGACUGGCCCUUGGUUCGACAAUUCGACCGCAGCAGAGCAGAAAGAGGAGGAGAUCGAUGCGGGCGAGAUGCCGAUCGCACGGGACAGUUAA